GGGCGGCUCUUUUCCCCCCCAGUACAAGGCUUCCGACGUGAUGAUGGCUUCUCCUAGUCAGCUGGUCAGAACUAAGGACUGAAACAUUGACACUGAAAUCUCUGGAUAGCUGUCAGUGUUUCAGAAGCAGCUCUGAAAGAAUUUUCUGCCUUGUGAGGACUCCACCUGACCCUGCACCCUGCCUUGAGAAAACUGGUCCAUGGGUCCCAUAGUGGAUGUGGGGGAUUCUGGCACCAAGAGAUGAGAAUCGCACGUGAGUGAGGUUUGGGCGGUCCCAGUAAUGUGCCAUGGGCUACGACGUCACCAGGUUCCAGGGGGACGUGGAUGAGGACCUGCUGUGCCCCAUAUGCAGUGGAGUCCUAGAAGAGCCUGUUCAGGCGCCUCACUGUGAACAUGCCUUCUGCAACGCCUGCAUCACGCAGUGGUUCCAGCAGCAGCAGAUCUGCCCGGUGGACCGCACCGUGGUCACGCUCGCCCACCUGCGGCCCGUGCCCCGCAUCAUGCGCAACAUGCUGUCCAAGCUGCAGAUAACCUGCGACAACGCCGAGUUCGGCUGCACGGCCGUGCUGCGCCUGGACCAGCUGCAGUCCCACCUCAAGGACUGUGAGCACAACCCCAAGAGGCCCGUCAUGUGCGACGACGGAUGUGGGUUGGAGAUGCCCAAAGAUGAAGUGGCCAAUCACAACUGCAUCAAACACCUGCGCGGUGUAGUGCAGCAGCAACAGACCAAGAUCGGUGAGCUGGAGAAGACUGCAGCUGAGCACAAGCAUCAGCUGGCUGAGCAGAAGCGGGAUAUUCAGCUGUUGAAGGCCUACAUGAGAGCCAUACGCAGCGCCAACCCCAACCUGCAGAACCUGGAGGAGACCAUAGAAUACAAUGAGAUUCUAGAGUGGGUGAACUCCCUGCAGCCGGCCCGUGUGACACGCUGGGGCGGGAUGAUCUCCACGCCGGACGCGGUGCUCCAGGCCGUCAUCAAGCGCUCGCUCAUCGACAGCGGCUGCCCGCUCUCCAUCGUCAAUGACCUGAUCGAGAACGCGCACGAGCGCAACUGGCCGCAGGGCCUGGCCACGCUGGAGACGCGGCAGAUGAACCGCCGCUACUACGAGAACUACGUGGCCAAACGCAUCCCCGGCAAGCAGGCCGUGGUGGUGAUGGCCUGUGAGAACCAGCACAUGGGCGAGGACAUGAUCCUGGAGCCCGGCCUCGUCAUGAUCUUCGCCCACGGCGUGGAGGAGAUCCUGUAGCGCCGGACA